AUGGACAUCGAGAAGAAGGAGUAUCAUGUCCGCGAUCUCCCCACGCGGACCGUCACCCUCUUUCCCACCAAAGCUCAAGUCGUCCGCGACCUCAAACAACUUGCCCUCAAGCCCGGCACGAACGAAGUAACCAUCAUCGGCCUCACCCCAACCGUCGACGAGUCCACCAUCAAAGUCGAAGGCACCGGCUCCGCAAUCAUAUCCGACAUUGCGAUCGAGCUUCUGCCUAACCGCGACAUCUUUGAAGAGGCCUACCCCGAGAUAGACUCAGACCUCAGCGACGACGAUGAGGACGAUGUCGAUACAGACAAAUAUGAGAUCCCUGACUCCUCGGCUCUCCAAGCCGCGCGCGCCAAAGUGGUAAAACUAGAAGACGAAGAAAGCCAGGCCAGAGAAAUCCUCGACAGCUCCGCCAAACGCCUCGCGAUCCUCGACGCCCACUGCAAAGUCCUCGACGAGAAGAAGAACGUCGACGUCGUCCAGCUCAUGACCGCCUACCGCGCCGAGCGCGAGAAGGUCUUCCAGGAUCGCAUGGCCGGCACCAUCCGCCAGCGCGAGAACAGUGCCCGGCUUAAGGCGGCCCGCGAAGAACUCAGCCGGCUGCUAAGGCAGAAGCAGAAGGAGGAGAAGCCACUGAAGCGACAACAAACUCUCGCCCUCAAGAAGCAGACUCGGGACAAUGUGAAGAAGUGGCGAAAGGCAGAAGAACGCAGGAAGGAGAAGGAGCGCAUCCGCCAAGAGAGAGAGCGCUUCUGGCCGAAGGUGUGCUACGCCGUCCGCGUUACCCUCGAAGCGCACGCCUUCACGCCCAUGUCCUCCCGCCGCACCUCCGUCUCCAGCGAGACCGCUCAGCCCUUCAACCCGGCAGCCGAAACGGAGACAGAAGCCGACCUCACCUGCGACCUGUCAAUCUCCUACAUCACGGCCGCGGCGUCGUGGUCGCCCAGCUACGACCUCCAGCUCUCGACGACAAACAACACCGCCACGCUGUGCUACGACGCCAGCAUCACCAACGAGACCUCCGAGACGUGGAGCGGCUGCAAGGUUGUGCUGUCCACCUCACAAACGGCCUUCUCCGGGCUUGAGCAGGAGAUCCCCGAGCUGAAGCAGUGGAACAUUAAGCUCGCGCCGAAGAUCGGCGGCGGCGGCGCGGGAGGGAGGAAUAUCCUCAACAGCCGCGAGGAGAGGGCGCAGCGCGAGGCGUGGCGGAAGACGCAGGAGACGACUACACAGAGCCACGUCAAGCGCGAGGAGCUGUUUGGCGUGGAGGCUGUUGCGUAUGCUGCCUUUGAGUGUAUCCCGGAGGAGAAGGAAGAGUCGGACGAUGACAUGGGCUUCGGGCUGUUUGACGAUUUGCCAGCUCCGCAGGGUGCGCAAUUCGACAACAUUGAGAUGGCAGUCGCAAAUAGCUGCGCCCGAAAGGGUCGCCAAUCCGUCGGCUCGAUGGUCGGCUCUGCGAUUAAGAACGCCGCCCGUCGCAAGGAAUCUCACGAUCCCAUCCAGGAGUACAGCGCCUCUCCACAGGACCUGAUGGACGCCGCGCUGGACUUUGAGGAGUCUACGAUCGAGGAGACCGGCCUGACGACAACGUACGACCUCCCCGGCACCAAGACCCUGCCCCCACGCCCAACAGCCUCGAAGCAGCGCGUCGCGAGACUAAAUUUCUCCGGCGUCGUAUUCAACCACACCGUCGUGCCAAAGUACAAGCCCGUGGCGUUCCUCAAGGCGAAGCUGCGCAACAGCAGCAGACUAUCCCUCUUGAAGGGCGACGCGGGGCUGACGCUGGACGGCACGUUCAUGGGCCGGACGACGCUGCCGCGAUGCAGCGCGGGCGACAGCUUCACGCUGGGUCUGGGAGUCGACCCGGCCAUCAUGGUCAGCUACCCCGUCGCGAACGUCCGGCGGGCUACGACAGGGUUCCUCUCUAAGGAGAACAGCUCCGUGUACAGCCGCAGCAUCACAGUCGCGAAUACGCGCGCCGCGGCGGGCAAGCCUGUGUCCCUGCUUGUGCUGGACCAAGUCCCUGUGUCGGAGGACGAGAAGCUGAAGGUGGACAUCCUCGACCCGAAGGGCAUGCUUGUUGAGGGCGCGGGUGUGGCGAGUGGGUUGCCUGGCCGUGGGGAGAAGGAGGACAUCAAAUGGGGCAAGGCGACUUCGACGUUGAAGAAGGGCGGGCAGGUCGAGUGGGAGGUCAGCUUGAAUGCAGGCAAGGCUGUGAAGCUUAGCCUGGAGUAUGUCGUCGCCAUGCCGUCGGGAGAUUCUGCUGUGGAGUGUUAG